CUCGCCACGCACAAACAACACACGACAAAUAAGCCCAUAAAAAUGCUGCACGCGAACCUCCCCCAUCAGCACCUCGCCCAAUAAAGAGUCUCACGAAGAAAUGCAAACGCUGAACGAAUCCCCCAUAAGAAACGGCAGCAACAGGCAACAGAGCAAAGCGCUGCCUGCGGCAGCUCGUCUGACUGCUUGGCGAGCACAAUGGCCAGAGCAGACUGAGUGGAAACCCGCCGGAAGCCAGAAAUCCAAGAGCAAGCAAAAGGCCCCAUGGAUGCAGGAGCGGCCGCCCACCUCUGAAGGUCAGUCAUUGAGCAUGCAAAGGAAUGCGGCUCCCUUGAGCACCCAGUAGUCAGGGGGCUUCUCGGUCGGGAUCUCAAUAGCUAUCACGAAAUUGGUCGAAUGACCUGACAAACACAGAACAGCACAGAUAUGGAGAGACACGUUCUCUCACCCACGUUGCCCUGUCCGUAUGCUGUCAUUUCACCUGUGGUGGACAGGGUGCCCGCUCGGACCGAUGUCUUGUAUAGUGGGCAUGUGUAGUCCGACGGGUUGGGCUUGUAGUGCUCGCACGGCUGGAAGUGCACUAUGGGUGCGGGCUCGUACAUGACACCCGGCAGCUGGUCCUCAAUCACCAUCUUGUCGAAGUCCCACCUCGCGCCGUCGAAGAACAUGCCGUAGAUGUAGCAGCCCUCUUCCGGCGGCUCCUCGAUCUCCCUGCGGACAUACACAACGGCGAGAUAAUCACAAGGUCGAUCAACAACUGCCUGUUCGCCUACUGUGCGUCCUGGAAUUGCUGAGCAAUAAACUCAAAGGAGAGGAUGUCAAUGGGCACCUGAUACUUACGAGAGUAGGCCUGCAGCACAGCUGUCAAAAACCUGCAGCCACAAACACACAAGAGAGAGACAUGGAACGGAAACUCUCUGCAACGCUUUAACAGACCCUUGCGGGAAGAAAAAUGACGAAAUCCAAAAGGCACGCGGCUUCCCCGUCUCGAUCCAUGCAGCAAAGAACUUGACCUGUAGUACCAAAUGGCAAGCAGCCAUUACGAUGGCCUGAUGAUGGCCGCUCACCCACCCGUUCAAUGAGGUCUUCGAACCAGGACGUCAGUGGUUUGAGCGAAGGGUAGGCGACCUUGGACCACACAGACGGUACCUGGUUGUUGAGGAAGGCGCCGUACAUGAGGUCGAGAUCCUCCGACAUGACGAUCAGACCCUUGACGGCCUUCUUGAGCAGAGACAGGGAAGACGACAUUUUCCUCAGCAGCCUGUGAAGGCAGCGAAACACAUCAUGUGUGUGUGCGUCUGGAGACCAGAAAAGGCUCCCUUACUUGUUGAAUCGCUGCAUUUCUUGUGUGAGACACGUGCCGAGCGACUCCAUGAUGCCCGUCUCUGCAUUCUUAGCGAAGGCAGAUGGGUGGGCACCCUCCUCACUCAGCAGCUGCACACAUUGAGGCGCGACCAAUAUUAUUGCCGAUGGGUGAUUGGGCCAUAUCGUUGUCCUUACUGCUGGCACUCGUCCUGAGAUCGACUCGGCGACUUCCAGGACGAUCUGGUCGGGCGAUUUGCCCCCGCCGCCACCCCCCUCUCUAAGACGCAUCGGCACACACAUGAGAGGCGGACGCAAUACACCCUACUCUGUGCUCUCGUCAGUGCCUACCUUGGCUGUAUGGACAGCACAGUGGUCAGUACAGCGUCUGAUUCCUGCUUUUGGAAGUUGAUGUUGGCGUUGUCAUGCAUCCCGAAUAUCUCGGGGGAGUCGGACAGAGGCAGCUGCUCUACAUAAGACACGUAGGCUGCAAGGUCGCCGUCGACUGGGGCUUUGUAGGUGCCUGAUACGCAUAUGGAGAGACGAAUCAGGAAACCAUAAGUCCCUGGUGCGAAGUGAACUCACCGGAUUCUGAGAAGACAUAGUCGUCCUCCAGGAUGCUAUUCGUGACGUAUCUGUUGAGGAUGCUCAUCAGCAGCCGCCGAUCGAGGUCAUCCGUCACGCGACCCCCGUAGUUGAUCUGACCGAUGACGAAGAGCAGCGUGUCGAACGGCACUUUCUCGAAGGGCCCCUCGAGGAUGUUCUUGAGCACAGUCACAGAAGUCUCCAGGUCGCUGUUGUUGAACUCAUACCGCACGUUCCAUCCGAGCGGCCCGAACUUCCUCCUCUCCUGCACGAUAGCGUGGAAGAACUGCAGGCCGAAGCGGAUCUUCUUCCACUCGUGGAUCCUCGAGCAACCUUCGAGCUCGGCCUCAGUGGUGUCCAUCAGCGACCUCUUGACAUUUGCGCGGAUGCCCUUCGGCGGCUCGUUGGUGAGCUUGACGCCAUUUUGCAGCACAGGGACCGGGAAGUAUGGCGCAGGCAUGGAUGUGAGCCACAGACGGAAGUCGGGGUGGAGUGUGGGGUCCUCAGGGAAGCCCUCAACGAUCUUCUCCAGUUGUGGCAUCCACGACUUGGCCAAGUGACAGUUCUGCAACAGUACCCACGAGCCGUCUCUCGAUGCCUGCUCGAUGAGCUUCUUGGCCCGAGGGCCUUGCCCCUGUCCCAGCGAGAUCUUGCCCAGCCGAUCGUCAGGGAUACCCUUCUCCGAUGCAAAUCGAAGGAGCAUGCCUGUGGGGUCAGCUCCCGUUGAGAGCACAAAGAUGACCGGGGUGGCUGAUGUGGUGUCGGCAUAGAUCUCCUCCAUCCGUGGCAGAGCCACCUCGACAAAGCUGCGACCCAGGCGCUUCUCGACCACUUGCGCGACGGCGAAAGAGACCUUUUCCUCCCUCAGCGCCUUGAUGACCAAGAGCUUGUGGAAGGGCAACAACUCAUUGACCUCCUCAUAUCUUGCCGGCAGUGGCACCUCUUGCGGCUCUGCGGCGGCAAUCCACUCCCUCCAGGCCUCUAGGUUGUCCUUGAUGUGUUGGCAGAUGUCGGAGCAGCAAGUGGCCAUGCACUGGGCGCCAUAGAGGAAGAGCCAGCUCUUGUCAGAAAUGAGGGCUUGGUCGGGCUUCUUGGGCAUGUCCUUGGUGCUGAGAAGACCUGGACCUCGCAGCAGGAGACUCCACUCCUGUGAAGAGCAAGAGACAUGAGGCGAUGUUUCCAGAAGCAGUUUGCUUGAGACGCCUACCGCUGCGUUGAUCUUCUCUUCCUCCUGUCUCAGGAUUUGCAUGGCAAUGAUGAAGGAGAAGAUGAGCUUGUGGCGCUCGAAGAGACCGCGACAGAUGUUGCUGUAGAUGACCGAGGUGAUGUUUUCAACCAGAAUGGCUAGCCGCUCCUCCAACACGUCACGCUUGGCCGACGAGUCAAUGACUUUGUUGAAGAGGCGCGUGAAAUAGGUUAGCGAGAACUGGUACAUGGGGUCGAUGUUGGCGAGAUCAGCAAUGACGAAGUAGAGAAUGGAGCCGCGGAUGGCCACUGGGGUGUAUUGCUCACGAGCGCGCUUGAUUUCGACCGCCAUGAUUUCUGACUCUUCUACUCGCUUGUUGAUGUCGUUGGCAGUGACCUUGGACUGGCUGAGUGUGUUGAUGAGCUCAAUGUCGUCAAGGAUCUCGCCAGAUGACUCAGACAGGAGACGCAAGAUGGUGUCCUCCUGAAAACACGAACAGAGAGACAUCAAGAAUCAUACAUCCGCUUUCUGAUGUGGGAGUGUUACCAGUCCCUUGAGUGUGGCUUUGUCCUCGGCCAUCUGUAGGAUCAAUUUGGUGUUCCUCUCCUCUGUCUCGGGUAUCUCCUUCUUGACCACAUCACCCAGCAACUGCUGCGUCAGGCCGUCGUAGGUGACGGUGAAGUUAAUGACGGUCACCUUGAUGCACACCUCCGGUAGAUAGUGCGGGUUGGGCAUCUUGGUCGUCAUGUAAAACUUGAAAUGCAUGUCGUAAUCCACGUCAGAGUCGCCUGAAGGAAAAUUUGCACAUUUGUUGAAUAGGCUGGGACAGCCACGAAACCCUGCAUGCUCACCGAGGUGUAUCUGCAGCCGCCCAUUGUUGUCGAAAACCGCCUUUGCGAGCACUGGUUCCAAAGCGGGAUCAAGCUGCUCACCGAUGUCCUCAAUCUGCAAGGCACUCACUGUUUUGAUGGCUGUCGACAUGUCUGUCUCUGUCAGCAGCGCACCAGCAUGGGCUGUCCGAGUCUGAUGCAUGCCUCAAGGAUGUUGAGCAGCCUGGGGUCUGCCAGCUUGGUGAUCUUGAUGCCGUUGGGUGACUCCAUGUUCUUGAUCCACUUGUUGGCCUGCGCUUGCGGGUCGAUCAUGAGAGGCCAGCGGGUGCCGCGUGACACCAAGAUGCCGUUGUUGAGAGACACGUCAUCAGAGGGAAGACCCUGGACACAGAUUAAAACCAAACAAGGAGCUGCUGAUCACCGUCUGCACGACUCAUACCUUGAUGUUCCAGUCUCUCAGCUCCACUGGAUUGCCCAUGAUGCCCUUGAGGUCGAAGGAAUCAGAGGCAGGGACGCUCUGCUCAUGUGUCUUCUCCAGCCACUUGGCCACAAUCUCAUCUCUGUACUGGCCUGUGAAUGGGCCAUAGUAUGAUAUGCAUGCAGCUGAGAGGAAGACAUCGCCGAUGAGGUUGCGAAUCUGGCCGGCCAUCAUGUCCACUGACUCCUUCCACCGCACCUGGACAAGAACAUCAUACGACAUGCUCACAAGUGCGCCACACUCGAGCACGGUGUGGGCCUACUUGUUCGUCUGCAAGGCCGCCUGUCAGCUGCCCUGCUCUCACAAGCCGGGCCUCCGUGAGCUGGGCCUCGUGGAUGAGUCUGUUCUUCUCAUUGUUCGUGUCCUCCAGCUGCUUCUCCAGAGCAGCCACCUUGUCCAACACAGACUGCAGCUUCUCCUUUGCUUCCUUGAGCUUCGCGUUGGCAGCAUCCAACUGACACACGCACGAGCCACAAAUCGAACAACUGAUGUCAGUCCUUUGCCAUCUCACACAUACAUACCUGAGCAUUCAUCUCCUCAAGCUUUCGCUUUUUGGGUUCGACCUCCUUGGCAACUUUUGAGUAGGUGUCCAUAGCAUGUGUCCACAUGCACAGAGACUUCGCCGCCUUGGACUGCGCGCCGACGCUAUCGGGAGAGUACUCCGGCUUCUGCACGUACUUCUCGAGUUUCUUGAGGAUCGGCUGCGGGAUGUUGUCUUUGUCAAAGUUCUUGAGGCGGGCUAGGAAGCCGGUGUCGGAGAGGACCUUCUUGGCCGAGUCCCAGUCUGGCUUUUCACUGAGGAGGAUGUUGACGGCCUCCAUAGUCAUCAUGACCAGGGGUGGCGGCUUGGCGAAGGACUUGAUCUCAGUGAUGUCCUUCUUGUCCAGCGAAUCGAGGGCAGCUGAGAAGAAACAGGAGAGACGAGAGGCCCGUCAGAAAGAAAAACACGUAUCACCUUUUCUUCUGACCGAGUGCAGCGUUGAGUGCAGGCAUGGCGACGUCCAGGUCCUUUUGAGCAUCGGCCUGCAAUGCUGCCACCUCCUCGGCCUGGGCUCCGACGAUCUUGGCCUCUUCGUCGACCUGGCAAGAAACAAGAAAGCAGCAGUUUUCGUGUCUCGUGCAUGAAAAUCCACAUGCAUGGUCUCUCACCUUUGCCUUCUCGAUGUCGGCAUUCUUUUGAUCCUCGGUGACGACCACCAAGAGCUCCUCGGCCUCCUGCUUCUUCUGCUUCAGCACAGGCUCAAGCGCUGUCAACUCCUGUGGGAAAAAACGAUGGCGUGAGUACGUACGAGGCUGUGCGAUCGACUCUUCUUUGUUGGCGAGUACCGUUUUGAGAUUGGCGACUUCUUUGUUGGUCUCUUCCAGCUUGGUCACGCCCACUGCAAGGCGAUUGCGCUGCGUGCUGAGCUGCUCUGUCUUCUCCUCAAGCAUCUGAUGAAGGCAGGCAUUCUUGUAUACAGACACUGGUCUUGCUGCUGUUGUCAGAUGGGUAUGUCGCUCGCCUUGAGAUAGAGGCUGAUGAGGUCCAGAUAGGAUUUGGGUGUGACGUAAACGUGUCUCCUCAGGCGCUCGAGGAAGACAUGCGACGUCUCGAUCACAGACAUAUGGACAGUCUUGCACAUGUCAAUCAGACCGUGCUUGAUCGGCUCAUCAACCUGAAAACACACUCAGACAAAGCAAUCACGAACAGAUGACCGCGUAGGCGCCUUUGUUCGACCUGCAGGUUGGCGAGGAAACGCGUUGCGACACUCUUGAGGGCAUCUUCUGGCCACGGAUGGAACCAGUCGAUAGUGCAGCAGUUGACGAGGGACGGGAACAUGCGCAUCCGGAUACGGAGGGCAUCGCCGACGGGGGACAUGCACAGGACGAUGUGGAGAUUCUCACGCACACGCUCGACGAAAAACUGAUACACGGGAUCCCGACCCUCAGACCUACAAACCAUAACAAUAAGACGAGACAAAAAGGUUGAUGGAGAGCGUCCAAUGACCGGCUUACCUUCCUUUUUCCUUUGCGAUUGGUCUGAGAUCAUUGACGAUGCGAUCGACUUCAUCGCUAGGGAAAAGGUUGGGCACCUCCCCUGCGUUGAGAAUGUUGUUGAUAUCCUCAAGGAAUGUCUCGUCGAUUAUCUGGCUGUCGGUGAAGAGAAAUGUCGUGGGUUUGCCCUCACCCCCGCCCGCCUUCAGCAUGAACUUCCUCUCGUCCUCGCGGAAUAAAUCCACACCAUACCCCUUUACCACAGCCACCUCACACUAAAAGAGAAAAGUCAAAGGCCACCGAUUUUGCAAGUCUCUUCCGCCGUCGCUGCUUGAUUACCGAUUCCAUUUCGGACAAGGAAGCAGCAAGCCGCGUCAAGGACUGCUUGCCUGAACCUCCGACACCGACAAGCAUGGCGUUGCCGCGUGGCUGUCUAAGGAUGCGUGCGAUGCGAGACACGUGCUCGAUGGCGUCCUUGAAGAAGACCAGAUUCAUCGGCGUCGAGUGGGUCAAGUUGUACUCGUCGCAGUAAUCUUCCAGCAGCUUCGCGACCUGUGGGUGGCACACAUGGUGAAAGGGGCUGUGGCGUAUUCGAAAAGCUGCUUUUCCGUGUCGACUCACCUUGCCCAUGUCCUUGACUUCCUCAUAAACGCGUUGAUCAGCGCCAGGCCGCAGGUAGUCGCCCCACAUGAUGGUGUUGUUAAUGAAUGUGUCAUCGGCCGUCCACUGGAGGCGGAACUUGCCCUGCAGAAGCUUGAUCAUGGCGUCACGGAACCAGCCUAGCGCACGAACAUUGAAACAUAGAUACAGAACACACGUCCAAGGGCCCAUGUGCUCACCUUUGUCGUUUUCGUCGAUGAGGCGGUCAUGGAAGACCCUCAUUGUCUCGUGGAUCCAAAGUCGCGUGAAGGCAUCGGCUGAUGUGGCGUGCAUGGGCUUGACCAUGAGCACCCCCUGGAAGACCUUGGACACGUCACGCAGGUUGAAGGUGUAGUGCGACCGGGCGGGCGUCGGCAGCAGCUCAGCACUGAUCCGUGUGUAGAUCUCUGACACAGAAGCCACACGGAGAGACAUUGCAAAUGUCUGCUUCUUGCCGCCACGGCUCCUUGGUGGCCUACCUACCGAUGGUCGACUCCACGACUGGUCGAGACAGCAGCGCAACCUCUGACUUGAAGCCCUGCGCCAGGAAGCCCUGGAUGAUGUGCAUGAAGAUGACCGUCAUGGCCUCCUCAGAGGUGGCCGGCAUGCACAGGAUGUGGGAGUGGCGGACGAACCGGGGUGUGAGUUCGUUGCGGCCACCACCGGGAGGCGCGGCACACAGAAGCAGCAUGGUGUUCUCGAUUUCCUUCCAGAACAGCUUCUUCCGGUCGUAGAAGCCCUUGAAGUCCUGGAACUGUCGCAGCAGCUCGAUUGGAGGCUGUGCGCCGUAUGUCUCGACGGCCGGCAUGUUGACGUCAUCCACGAAGACGACCACUUGAUCCACACCCGGGGGAGCGCCGAGCUGUCAAGGACCGGAGAACAAAGUAUGCUCGUCUGUCUGUGCCUGUGCCUGUGCCUGUGUCUGUGCAAAGUGGUUGGAUCAGCCCUGCUUACCAGCGUCUUUCUCUUCUUCUCCAGUUUGCCUUCGAUGGUGAGCUGGCUUUCGAUGGCCUUGGUCUGUGCGGAGAAAGUCAUGAAGAUGGGCGACACCCUCCCGGCAGCCUUGAGCUUGUCCAGCAGGUUGGCCGCAAUCACAGACUUGCCGAUACCAGACACACCUGCACGACACGAGGGGGUAGAGUCACGGAUCCACAAAGGAGUCUAGUCUCUGUUGUGUCGGAUUGACCUGUGAAGAAGACGGACGCUCUCUGGUGUAUCAUUCGGUCUAAAACAUAGGCGAAACGCACUGUGUCCUUGUUAGGGACAAGAAGGCUGAAGUAGGAUGCGUCAGGCGUGUAGUGGAAGGUUGGAAGUAUUUCGUCCCAGGCUCGAAUCUUGCCGAACUUGAGGUCCACGAAGCCGUCAUAGACACCUCCUCCCCUCGGCCAUUGCACGCCCUGAUCGAUUAUGAAAUGCAUCUCAGUAGCAAAAGUCGCUUUUGUGUCUUUUACCUCUCCCAUUUGGUCUUCUGCAAACUUGGCGAACUUCUCCCGUGUCAGAGUGUCGAGCGAUCCCCCGAGGGCCCACGUGUAGGCAAAGGCAAACACCAUGGGAAUUAGGCUCUCGACAAACUUCUCGCCACUCUUCGUCACAUCCACUGCCGGCUUUCCGUCCUCUGCGUCGACUGAACACACCACACCAGCCAUCAAGUGAAAGCGUUUGUGACACAUCAAAGUAAGACACCGCCUGUGGUCGCACCUGAGGCGAUGCCGUUUGGAGUGCCGGCAUUCGGAUUGAGGACGGCGUGGAAGAGAUUGCAGAGCGAGUAGACGAGAUUGUUGUCCACCGAUACCACGGGCUCGACGCAGUUCUUGCGGACGAACGCCAGACCUUUGUCAACAUGCGCCUCAAAGAGAUCCCAUAUCUUGGUCUUCAGAUUUUCACUGAAGAGGCCUGUUGGGAGACUGCAUUUAGGUGUAGAGACAUGAAAACGAUUUGAUUCAACAAGUCCCUGGCAGCUGGCUGUCUGCUCUCUCACUUGUGCAGCCAAGUCUUGGCAUACGGCCUCCAUCCCAAGUCAGACGGCGUGAGGUAGACCAUCCCACAUCGGCUCACUGUAGCAGGGGAGGCCACAGCGAGGUCCUGCACCUCGAAGAGCAUCCGCAUCUCCUGCUUGAGCUUGAUGCGCUCGCCAUUGGCAAGACAGAGGGUCAUGUUGUCGUCGAGUACGGUGUUCAUGUUCUCGAUCCAGAUAGCGUCGACUGGCCCGUCAAAGAUGGUCCACUUCUUGUCGGGAGUCUCCUCAGAGACAUAGCCCCUGCAGCAGAGAAGAGAGGAAUCGCCUGUAUCUAGUCGUUGCGUCCAGUGCUUGCAGACCUCAUAAUAGUGGAUCCAAGCCCAUCGGUCCACUCCUGCGUGAGCUCGUUGAACUCGCCAUAAAGCUCGCCCAUGGUGAUGCACUUGGGAUUCAGCACACUGUAGUGCACAACCUGGUAGUCCUCCUUCGGGUGGCCCUCCUUCCUCAGCUUGGUCAUGGCGCCGGCCAGCAUCUUGUAGCACACUGUCUUGCCGCCAGUGGUGGGGCCAACGAGCAUGACGCCGAAGCGCACGUUGAAUGUCUCGUACAGUUGGAUGACCUUCUUGAUGAGGGGCUCGUGCACCUGGUAGCCACCCUCCGCCAUGCACGCCUCGAUAGACGACUGAAGCUCGCCGUAGUCGAUGAAAGGAACCUCAACGCCAGGGAAGAGAUCCGACACAAUGGCGUAGAAAAGAGGAAGGUCGUGCGCCAAAAACUUCGGUACAUUAGAGUCACUGCAUAGUCACAGUCCUGUACUCUCUCCUGUUAGCUGUCGUUUCUUCGUGUCUCUCACCGCAUGGCUCUGAUGAGCACGAUGUCCUCUGACAGGUCCGGCUCAGCUCGCUUCAAAGCGCCGGCCAUGACAAGCACCGACUUGACGGCACGCAUACCGAAGUCAUAGUGGUCCUGCUGUGAGAGCUGCUCGGAGGAGAGCUUGUACAGCUUGGUGAACUUGCCCGACAGUUUCUUGGCCUCCCCGAAUCCCUCAGCGAACAGCAUGAUCUCGGCAAUGAGUGUGUAGUCGGGCACCAUCAUGGACACUGGACGAAACAGCACCUGAGAGAAGAGAAAGCACUUGGCGUAGAGCAGCAGCAGCAGCAGCAAGAACGUAUGGUGUCUGUGUACCUUGAGGUUAUCCGGCAGCUCUGUUCUGCCUGCAUAGCCAGGGUUCAUAGUGAUGAACACGCCCAAUGUGGGUUUGAGCUUGAGCACACGGCCCUCGAACAGGAACUCGCUCUUGCCGUCCAGCAAUGCCACACGGAUCGUAAGCAGCUGCUGGGCAAUGACGGACAGCACCUCAAUGUCGAUACGGUUGAACUCGUCAAGGCACGUCCACGCACCCGCAGUCACCACACCUGCACACAGCAAAGGAAGGAGACACAUACAUCAUCACACACUGCCCUUCCCUGAAUCCGUGUUGGUCACCAGAGUAGAGCUUGGCCAUCAUUUUGUAGUCGAUCUGGUCAGAGCAGUUGAAGACGACGCACUGCCUGGCGAUGGCUUUGGCCAAGUCCUUCGUUGACUCUGUCUUGCCCGUCCCUGCAGGGCCCGCGGGCGCAGCUCCCAGCUUGAUGUGAAGUGCUCCCGUGAUGGUCAGCCAGCACCUGUCUGUCAGCGGGGUGAUUACCAGACGGGACGUGGCGCCCUGGUACUCGUAGCCGAACCGGAUGCGGGCGUCGACCUGCCGGAUGAUGCAGUCGUCUUCGUCGGUGUCCCAGUAGUACUUUAGCUGCUGCUGCCACUUGAAACUGUUUGCAGGAAAAGACAGAGACAGACAGUGGUGAUUGCAUGAAGCAGGGAGAAAAGGCAAGGCAAAGGGACGACCUUACUUGUUGACGUCGGUGACUUGUGCCUUCCUGAGCUCGUCGACGAUAUCUCGAUUGUGCACAUCUUGGAUGGCCAGGGCCACCACGCUCUUUCUCUGGAUUGAUGACAGCUUCCCUCGCACCAAGGCCGUCAGGUCGCUCAGCUGCUCCACAUUCUUGUCGAACCAAUCGUUCAUCUUAUUUAGGGGAUCGUCACCUGCACCACACAGACAGUGCUUCAUUGCAAGGCAUGGCAUGUGCGUGUUCGUGCCUGCUUACUGUGCAGGACUUCUUCAGUUUCCGAGCACCACAUGAUUUGUGAGACACAGCUGACGACCUGUGCCUUCGAGUUAGCGACCCAGUCCUUGCGAGAGGGCAUGGCGUAUUCCUUCCAGCCGUUCUUGACGACCACCUGCAGCGACUUGACCAUGUGGUCCUCCACCUCCAGCAGCCACUUCUCCACGGGACCUCGUGCCUUCAUGACCUUGUAGAACUCCACCUCCUCACCCUCGCCUGAUAUCAUUGCGUGAAUGUCCUGCAGAUAAACGUCACAUUGAUGGACGUGAAUCGGUGAAGCCAGUCGUUGGUUGCAUACCGCGCUUCGUGCGUCGUCUCCCAAUCGCAGCUUGACGAGGUUGUCGAAGCACUUGCGAAGGUGGGGCUGGACGGCCUGAGGUCGGCGUGCUUGCGCAAGGAUCUCCAGCAGCUCGUCGUUGGAGAGGAAGAAGAAGCGGGGGAAGGCCUCACGCUUGCUCUGUGGACAACAGACACAUGAAGGGCUACAUAUGUGUGAGUAUUCACUGGAAGACGCACCUGCAGGUAGUCCUCAAGGCUCUUUUGUAUCUCAUCGAGUGUCUCAUUGAAUUGUCUGAACAGCUCCAGCCUGCCGGUCUUGGUGCACGCCUUGAAGGCUACCCCAUACUCGUUGGUCUCCUUCAUGAUGGCCUUCCACUGGGAGUCCACUGCAGAGAACUUCUGCGACUCAGACGGCAGCUGCUUGCGGAUAUCGCCCGCCGAGAAGAUCGACUCGAGGUACAUCCAGUUGCGCUGCACCUGCAGCCACUCGUCAAGCGUCUCCUGGAAGAGAAUCAGGUUCUUCUGCCAGCCCUCGACCUCAUCGCGGAUCGGACCCACAUAGCGCGAGCCGGCAAUGGUCGAGAUCGUGACGAGAGAGUCCUCGAGCGUGGCGAUGACUUCGUCGACGCCUCCCAGAAUGAAGACGUCUUUGGAGUCCUUGUAGGAGAGCACCGUGAGCUGUGUGUCCUGCCAGACGCCCUUGGCUUUGUCGAGCAUUUCCUCCAGCGCCAGCUCUGCCGUGGCCUUGCCGCUGAUGUCCUGGAUGUCCUCGGUGUAUUGUCCCACACCCAUCUCCAGCAGACGUCCGAGAGUGAAGUCCUCGUUGUCGAGCUCCAAUGUCUGGCCAAUGAGCUCGUUGAUUUUGGUCCAGUGUCUCUCUUUGAGGGCCUUGUUACGGAGGGCGAGCACGACUGGCAUGGUAUUCUUGAAGUUGAUCACCACAUCCUUCAGCUGGAAGACCACGGGAUUCUCAGGCAUUGCCUUCUCGGACUGCAAAGCCACCUUGUUAUAGACCUGCAUGAUGACCAUAAUGAUACAACAUAUACACAAGUUUGAGCAACGUGAUGUAGCUGAGCAGCUGAUGUGUACCUGUAUCUCCUUUUGGAUGGUCUCGACAUCGAUUUCUGAGAAUUGUGUGUCGUUCCAGACUUUGCUGAGCUUGUCCCAUGCGUCGAUGGACCGCCAGAGCUUGGCCUUGACCUGGAAGCUGCCCUUCAUGUCCUCGACCUCCUCAAAUGGUGUCACAUCCAUCUUCAGCACCUCCUGGUACCUGCAACCCACACACGAAACACAUACAUGCAUUAUCGUGUCUCUUCAUAUAUUGAGUUGCAGUGUACCUGUUGUAUCUGACAGCAUCGCUGCUGGCCGCCUUGACCAUUUCUUCGAUCUCCUCGAUUCUUUCCAACACCUCAGCCCGCUUGGCCUUGGGGUUCUCGAAGAUCUUGUCCUCAAGCCGCUCUGCGACGCGCUCCACGUCCUUGUACAGCUGUGGGAUGUCAUGCUGCAGCUCUUUGGAGAAGCGGGACACGUUGCUCUCAGAUGACUCUUGCGAGAACUGCAGCUGGGUCCUGCAAAUGAAAGAGGCGAUUAGACACAUCACUUUCCUUGAUGGCAUGCUAACCUCAGGGCGUUGACGGUGGUAGCGAGCUCGAAGAAGGCGUUUCUCUGUGUCGAGGUGAUCCUGACCUCGUGCUGGUUGAGGAGCUCAAAGAGGUCGGCGAUGUAUUGGUAUUUGCGGUCGGUGUCGGGCACGCCGUCCAGCACUUCGUUCAACAGAGACAUGAACUCGACAUACUAAGGCACAGAUCGACAGAGGACAAUGCAGCCAUGAUUACGGAAAAGCUUUAUGAAGCCCGUCUACCUCAUCGACGUUGCCAGGCAGCUGUGCCAGCUUUUCAUUCGCUUCCUUCAGCUGCUGGGUCAGUUCAGCCGUCUUGUCCAUCGCAAGCUGUAUUAGCAAACCACAUACACGCAUCCAUGAGGCAGACAGACGCUUUGUUCAUGUGCAGCCGACUGACCUCAGGGAUGUACUUGGUGAGGAGUUGCCAGCACCUCGUCGGUGAUGGCACCAGUGUCUUCUGCAUUUCUGUGCCAUCCAGCUGAAACAGACCCAAAUCCACCUGCAGAGAUUGUCAAAGGAAGGCACCAGUGGUCGAUGCAUCGAGCCCCAAUCGCAGAGUGUAGCCAUUCACGCACGCACUUGUGUCUGCAGAGCCUUGACGCUGUCUUGUUGGCUCUUGUAUUUGUCAAGCGCCUUCCUGACCGUCGGCAACCAAGACCAUCCAUUCGGUAUGGUGUCGAUUAAAGUUCCAUACAUACGCAAAUUCGAGCAGCUCGACGUCCUGGAAGUCACUAAGGGUCGUGCCUUCGUUCUCGACAUACAUAGUCACGAAGUCCUGGGGCAGAGACCAACGCCACGACAAUGCAUAUCUUUGCACAAACGAUCUUGGCUGAACGAGUCAGUUACUUACCUGGUAUUGCCUUGCAUGUGCCACCAGCAGAUGGAACAGCUCAUCGAACCUCCUGCCGAUGUCCCGCAUGAGUUUCUUGAAGCUGGCGUCGGCCGUAAUCUGCGAGAAAAGGUCGACAGUGGCCUCCUCGCCCCUGUCAUCGCCCAGCUCUGCGAGAGGGGCGGUGAAGGGCUGGAAGUCAUCCAGCUGCAGGAAUGUCGGGCAGCUGCACACUGUCCUCACGGCAUCAAGAAGGACCGCUUCAAUGGAAGCGCGGAAGUUGUGCCUGCAAUACGGAAGGAAGAAGCGAAUCAAGAAUAUCUUAGGUCCCUUUCUGUAUCUGCAUGUGUGUGCAUGUGCGUACCCCGAAGGAUUGAAGUCGAUGCCUGUUGGAUCAAACACGACACUCACUACAAAUAUCUGACAGACGAUAUGGAAAUGAGACACGACGUGGCCAAGACAUACACGCACCGGUCUGUCGGCCGAGGGUCCCUUCAUAGGACCCUUGCCGCCCCGCAGGCUGGGCCGUCUCUUCUUGGUGAAGUCUUCGCUCCCGCCGGCCUCCUGUGGGCCCUGGUUCUCCAGCUCCCUCCUCUGCUGCUUCUCGAUGAACAUUAUCAAGGAAUCCAAAAACCUAAAGACACAAGUGCCUCUCCUUUCUGUUGCAUCGCUGUGCGCUUCUUUCCCAUGUAUACAUGGUAGUCGAAUUUCUCGCGAGGCUAGCAAUGGCAUCAGAGAAGAGAUACUGCGCCGUCCUGAUGAACUUGGUGAGCUUGCGGCACUGAGUCCGCGUGGUGGCCCUCUCGGUGUAAGACAUGUUGGAGUCGCCUCCCAUGCCCAUCUUGCCUUGGGUGGGCGGCGGGCGAGGGACAAUCAUCCCCGCACCACGACCGGCAGCAGGCACAAUGGCACUUGUGUCGCCUCGCCGAGACUUGUUUGCUGAGAGACAGACAGAUGGACAGAUUGACAACACAAAUUGUCGACAGACUGCAGUCUCUGCACAUCUACCUGUGACGGCCCUUGAGGCCUCAUGCGUGUCGUCAGGUCGUGACUCAGCGUCGAGGGCACGCGCACCAGGUCCGAAUCCGUUGGCCUCGAGGAAGGCCUGGAGUGAGUAUGUACACGACUGCAGCACCUCGUCUCGGAUUGCGGUCCAGAUGGUGUUGAGCUCAGCCAAUAUCUCGCCACGCCUUCUCUGCUGCACGUCCAAAAACUCCUGUUGGUUGCAAUGAGAGGAGAAAGACAAAGACAUCAUUGUUUGAAUAUCGCCCAUUGCUCUGCGGGCUUACCUGGAGUGUGUAUGUCCUGUCGAGGUCGUAGUGUAUGAGCGGCCAGGAGGUGAGGCGGAAACACAAGGCGCGGACCUUCAGCAGAGAGCCGCGCAAGCUCGAAUCCAAUACAAAUAGAUUGGAGGUCAAAGUCUUGGCACACUUUCUGAAAAAGAGUACGCAAGAAAUCAUGCUUCUGCUUCCUCUUUUGGCCUGUCGUGUACGAGCUGACCUGAAGGAGUGGUCCCUCAUGAUUCUCUUCCAGACGGAGAACAUCUUCCAUUUGCGGUAUUUCGCAAAGAACGAAAUGGCAAUGAUCCGACGAUACAGCUCCUGGUCCCUCUGCCACUCCUGAGAGGCAGGCCAAAAGCUAUCAUUCUCCCGGGCCCGAUGGAUGUGUGUGUCGAUGGUCGGUCACUUUCUGACCUGCAGUGUGGUGAAUUCGACUUCCCCGUGGUGGUAGUGAGUCACCCCCCUCAGGCUGAUAGUCAUGUAGUCGUGCGGAUUGAUCUUCGAAAACGGGACGAUCUGAAACUCAUACGGACCUGAUCUGGGCAAACACACCAAGACAGACAUUGCAGACAUUGCAGCGUCCGUCCUUUGGUCACUUGCCUGUUCAUGUAGCAAAACUCCUCUGUCAGCGACUCAUGGUUGAGAAUGAACUCGACAAAAUCGGCGGGAUCAAUCCAGUUGGGAUCUUCCUUGAGGUUGGGCUCCUUCCUCUCCCCCGCCCCCUCCUCCUUCCCUUCAAGCUCCAUUGGCGCCUCGCCCUCCCUCCUCCCAGGACUGACACUCCUCAUCGCGCGAACACCGGUCGGCUCCCUUAUCGGCAGCGGCUUGACGUUGGUGUGCGGCACGACCAUAGAGGAAGGGGGGAGGGAUGCCAUCGGCGGCAGGGCGAGCGUCGUGGGAGCUCCUGUAGGGCCAGUUUGUGGCGAGAAUGCGAGAAUCUUGCGGGGAGGGGAGGUGCUGUGUGGGUGAGGGGAUAGCUUGCGUGGCUUGUGGCCGGCUUUGCCUCUCACGAGAGGCGAUGUGGCCUGGCCCUGGCGGUACAGCCGCUGGCGCAGGUCCGGCGGGCAGGCGAAUGUGCUGGUUGUCUGCAUGAGGGACGUGAGGCCCGAGCUGGGGCCGCCGUCUUGUGUGCGGGACGUCUGCUCCCAUGUCUGUGGACCCUGCCGUUGAGCUGAAGGCUCGAUUGGCGCCAUCCUUUUCGCGAUCUCGUGGGGGCGUCCUGGGGGCGCCGAAGGGAGACUGAAGGAAGCGCGCACGAGGAGCUGCAU